UCUUGACAGGGGGGCUUCAGUGUGAACCGUGACAUUUGAGCGCAGUCUCACCCACUGUGCCCUGCACAUACACACGCCUCAGAGCUGAGUGUGCCCAGCCCGGCUUGCUGGAGUCCUUGGCUGGAUUCUCCCUGAAGAGGCGCACACAGAGAGAGAAGGACAGGACAAAGGGAUUUUUUGAAAGGUAGAGUUCGAUAUUGAUGUCGAGAAAGGCCAGGCUGACUGAGUGAAGCUGGGACAGUCGUGCAGGUCGCACUCAUGCUGCAUGUCUUCGUGUGACCGCUGAGGGCUUUUUUUAGUGCUUUAUUUUUACUCUUUGGACUGCGUUCGUUCCCACACGCUGCGUGCGCGCGUGUGCUGUGCAGGUCUCCGUCUGAGAGUCCAGCGAGUGUGUGUGUGUGUGUGUGAGUUUGCCGGCGUGGACAGCCAUGGCAGGCACGAACCUGAAGCAGGCUCGCCCAGCAGUCGAUGAGGUCUCUUCCUCCGACGAUGACGAGGUGGCAUUGGUCAUGGCUGCCGCCAAGCCAUCGCUGACCACGCCGGCCUCCGACCGCAAGGUUACUGUGGCCGACGACAUCAACGGAGCGGAGAACAAGGCGGACCCGGUGCCGGUGCCUGGGGAGGACGGCGGCGGGGAGCUCCCCAGGUCUGAGGCCCAGGACGCCGGCAUGAUGGUACUGGCCCUGCUGGACAAGAUCAUCGGUGCAGUGGACCAGAUCCAGCAGAAACAGGACGGGCUGGAGGCACGGCAAGAGCGUGUGGAGAAGAGUGUCGCGGGCGUCCAGGAUGAGCUGACGCGUCUAGCGAAGAGCCAGAGCAGCACGUCUGCGGCCGCCACCAAACUCCUGGGGAAGGUACGCAAGGUGAACGUGAGCGUGAAGGGCAUGCGGACCGAGCUGGACCAGCAGGCGGGCCAAAUCAAGAAGCUGGAGAACAAUGAACACGAGCUUCUCAAGAGGAAGAACUUCAGAGUGCUCAUUUACCAGGAGAAACCCAUCCUAACCCCUACACCAUCUGCUCCAGUAGGAGAAGAAGAUGAGCUGGUGCUGGGUGGAGGUGGAGGGGAGGCACGGGGCUCUGAUGAGGAGGUGGAGAUCGAGGAGACCGUGGAGGAGUCUCGAGCCGCCCGCAUAAAGAGGAGUGGCCUACAGCGUGUGGACGAGCUGAAGAAGGCCUUCAGCAAGGAGCAGAUGGAGAAGACCAGGCAGAAGACCAGGGAGAACCUGGAGAAGACCAGGCAGAGAACCCGGGAGAACCUGGAGAAGACCCGCCUGAGGACACGGGAGAACCUGCAGAGAACCAAACAGAGUCUGGGCAAGAAGAUGGGCAAGCUGAGCACGAGAAUCACGCCUAGCACCGAGCGCAGAGAGAAGCUCCGCACCUCCCGAGACAAACUGAAGAAGUCUCUGACCCCUGGGCGCUCCGCCCACACCCGCCCCAAGACCACCACCUACCGCGUGCCCCCCUUCACCUUCUACGUGAAGAAGAUCCGCGAGGGUGAGGAGGAGCCUGUGCCCAUGCGCGAGAUAGAGGCGGAGCCGGAGGAGGAGGAGGAGUGGGAGGAGGAGGGGGAGCUGGUGGAUCUGAGCAGCCCGGAGGGGAAAGCAGUGUCCCAGCAGCCCGAGAAGGUGCUCAAUACCAGGGCCCUCCCCACGGAGAGUGCCACCCAGUGAAGCUGGGGUCAAAGUUCAUCGCGCUGAAGGUGGCGUGCAGGCCAGCGAUGGCCAGCAAUGGGGGGGAAAUAUGACGUAUGCACAGCUGUGUUUGUGAAGAGUAGAAUUAAUAUACAAGCAUGAGGGAAUGAGGGAUGCACUGAACUCAUUCAUUCAUUCAUUCACUCACUCUCAUUCAUUCAUUCAUUGGUGUUUUUUUUAUUCAAAUGUUGCUGUUAAUUCUCUGAUAUCUGAGGCUGUAAAACCAUAGUCUAGUAGUAGUUCACUGACAGGAUCUCACUGUGUGACCUGAGUUGCCUCAGAUCCAGGCUGAUGUUUGAUAAUUACACUCUUCAUGGAUGAUGUGAGUAAUGUUAUCACAGGGCCCCUUAAUCUCACUGGGUCUGGAUUGAGAAACAGGAAAAUUUGCCACUAACAUCUAAAUGAAGUUUAAAGAGUCACUUUAGGUUAACAAAAAAGCCUAAAAUGGUGUAAGAACUGGGGCUGAGAGUCACACAGGAACAGCUCAUUGCCAUCUCUUGGUAUUUCCUGCUUUCUGACUGACAGUGUGCUUACAGUGUGUUUCUGUUUUGGACUUAAGAAUGACACAAAGCUCAACACGUAGAGCAUUAUCCAUUUACCAGAUACAAGAUUGACACUGUUCGUUUCACAAUUCCGCUAUAAUGUCAGGUGCAUUUUAAAACACGUUUAGUGCUUUAUCCUGUGCAUGUUACACCCAUGUUCACGUCUGUGUGCACCCACUUCCUGUACAUAAAGUACAUUUCUGAUGGGGCAAAAAGUCCAGGGCCUAUGGGAAACCUGUUAACAUGAUCUGUGUGAAGAGGUCUAUGGUUUUCUCUGAUCUGUGCAGAGAUGUAUACAGUUUAACUCCGUCCUAAUGGAAUAUAUAACAUGUUUAUAGCCUUCAAGUUGUGACAAAUGCUUUUUUAUUGUAUAUGUUCCUUUGCAAGCUCAUAUACAGUAUGUAUCAUGUUUAAUAGAUUAAUUUACAAGGGACACAGCUGUAAUAUCUCAUGGGACACGUGCUGAUGGUGCUGUGAACAUGUUAUGUAUUGUGACGGAGUGAGGUUUUACUUACAUGCUUGUAUCAGUCUUUAUAAACCAUGUGUCUGCGUACCAGAGGGGAACUGGACACAUCUUACUUAGGUCCGGCUCGAAACCUUGUUAGUUAUAUCAGAACUGGGUCUGAUUAGUUAGUUAGAUCAAAACUGGGUCUGAUUUCUUGUAUGUCCGCCACAAGGAUCGGUGUGGUCUGCUCAUCACCACGGCGACUGCCUUUCGACUUCCACUGCUUCUGUAGGGUUUUGCUUUUUGGCUUAAUGAGUGAAAUGUAAGAUGCUUUGAACAACCAAAUAAAACAAUCUAAUAACAUCUCAGCGGUUGAGGCUGGUUAAUGUGAGAAUUGAAAUAAAGAAAUAAAA